GAUCCACAAAUAUCUUUUAUACAGUUAUGUUUUAAAUUUACUACAUAGUCUUGGAGUUCACUUAAGGAACAUUCAAAAUGCUACGCAGUGCAAGUACCACAAGAUGUGUGAAGGCUUCACUGCGUUUCAUCGUCAAUAAACCUUCCAAUCACAUAAUAACCAGUCGUCUACUGAGCACAAGAAGUUUGCACAUUGCUAAUAAAUCUAUCCAAGAUGCCAACAGAUUUCAUACACAAAACCAUGUCAUGUGGAGAACUUCAAACAUGCACCAUUCUCCAUUCACUUGUCAUGUUCGAUUUUAUUCACUCCCAUCAUACACAAAAAUUGAUCUCCCUGCACUUUCUCCGACGAUGGAAAUGGGUACCAUUGCAAGUUGGGUACUAAAGGAAGGUGAUCAUUUUGAACCUGGAGAUCUUCUUGCUGAAAUAGAGACUGAUAAAGCAACAGUUGGAUUUGAAGCGCAAGAUGAAGGAUAUAUUGCCAAGAUAUUGGUGCCUGAGGGAACAAAGGAAGUACCUCUCGGAACUCUCAUCGCAAUAUCAGUUGAUAAUGAAGAGGAUAUAGCUGCGUUCAAAGAUUUUACUCCAGAUCAAGCUUCAGGUAGUGUCGCGCCACCAGCUGCUAGUCCAACAGCUCCAGCUCCGUCCCAAUCACCACAGUCAACAACCUCUUACCCUCGACAUGAAAGAAUUUCACUUCCAGCAUUGUCACCAACUAUGACCACUGGAACUAUUGCCAAGUGGGCAGUGAAAGAAGGAGAUAAAGUAGAGGAAGGAGAUUUGUUGGCUGAUAUUGAAACUGAUAAAGCAACCAUGGCAAUGGAAGCAGAAAAUGAAGGAUUUAUUGCCAAAAUAAUUGUAUCAGAAGGAACAAAAGAUAUUCCAUUGGGAACAUUGUUAUGUAUUCAAGUCGAAAAUGAAUCAGAUGUUGCUGCUUUUGCUAGCUUUGUUGAUCAAGGGACAACUGCACCAGAAUCAGCUGUAGCACCCCCUACGCCGGCCCCAGAAGCUCACAAAGUUCCACCUCCUGUUCCUACUCAACCUGCUCCAUUUCAACCAGCUCCAAAGAAGUCUGAAGGAAGAGUGUUUGUCAGUCCUCUGGCUAGAAAACUUGCAAUUGAUAAAGGAGUGGAUUUAUCUCAAGUUCAAGGGUCUGGUCCUAGUGGACGAGUGAGACAGCAAGAUGUUCUUUUGUAUUUGGAGAAAGCACCUAAAGUUGCAGCAAAACAACCAGCAUCUGCUAAGACAGCCACUGCCUCAUCAUCUGCUCAACCUGCUGCACCGAGCGCAGAUUAUAUUGAUAUUCCAUUGACUAAUAUAAGAAAGACAACAGCUAAGAGACUGAUUGAAUCAAAGCAAACUAUUCCACAUUAUUAUUUAACGAUUGAUUGUAACAUGGCAAAAUUAACAGCACUAAGAAAAGAAUUUAAUGCUGGUGGAGAAGUCAAGUUGUCAGUGAAUGAUUUUGUGAUCAAAGCUGCAUCUCUUUCAUGUUUGAAAGUUCCAGAAGUGAAUUCAUCAUGGCAAGAUACCUUUAUAAGACAAUACAACAAUGUAGAUGUAAGUGUUGCAGUAAGUACAGAUACUGGAUUGAUCACACCUAUUGUGUUCAAUGCACAUACAAAAGGACUUGGAUCGAUAUCUCAGGAUGUUUCUGCACUCGCUCGGAAAGCCAGAGAUGGAAAAUUACAGCCGCAAGAGUUUAUAGGCGGGACGUUUACAAUCAGUAACCUUGGAAUGUUUGGAAUUAAAGACUUCACAGCAAUUAUAAAUCCACCACAAUCUUGCAUACUUGCAGUAGGAAGAUCAAGGGAAGAAUGUGUACCAGAUAAAAAUUCAGAAACAGGGGUGUCUGCAGUCACAUUGAUGUCUGUCACACUAAGUUGUGAUCACAGAGUUGUUGAUGGAGCAGUUGGUGCACAAUGGCUCCAACAUUUCAAAAAAUAUAUAGAGAAUCCAACCUCAAUGCUGCUUUGAGAUGAAGAAUGUGUUUAUUCAUUUAAUAUAUAUUAUAUACCAAUGUGUUAUGGCACGAGUUUCAAGUAAAUGAAUAUUGCCCAUGAAAAGUCUAAUGCUUGUGCAGAAUACUUUUUAUCUGUCGUCAAAUUUUUUAUUAACAGUUCCAUAAUCACCAGAUUUCUAUCGAAAACCCCACAAGUCUCUACCACUAGUUCCACGUGGUUUAAAACAUUACCUUUCAUUUUAAAUACACAAAGCAGUCUGUUGGUUAUAUGUAAUUAGUUCCAAACCUUUGAUUUAUUGUUCUAUUUAUUCUCAAUUUGGCUAAAUAGUAAAUAUUAUGCUAAACUCCUA